AUGUCUCAAGCUGGGCCAUUUAAUCGGAUACAGCCUGUGACACCACCGUUGAAGGGUUCAUUUCCACUCGAUCAUGAAGGAACAUGCAAAGUCCAAAUGCUUAAGUACAUGUGUUGUUUGUAUGAAAACAAAUACAUGAACAGUGAAUGUCGCGAAAAGGCGAAAUCAUACUUCCAAUGUCGUAUGGAUCACGGGCUCAUGGAUCGAGAGGAAUGGGAGAAGCUCGGGUAUGGGGUUGAGUAG